UUAUGUUAUUUCGUAGCCAGAUAAGGAGGCGUAGUAUGCAAUAACACUUUCAGGAAUCCUACUGCCAAUGAGCUGAUUCUUAUCAAAGAGAAUUUGUAGUGGAGAGAUAAAGAGAAUUUUCCUUAAGAAAGAUGGAUGUGUCAUCCAUAAAUUGAAGGCAUUAUGAGUUCCCCAUAAUGUUGCAAGGACCUAUGCCAAAGAUGAGGUUUUUCAUAAACAACAAGACCUAGGAUUUUAUCCAAUACACUAGCGACGAUAAUGAGUAGGAGUAGGGAAAGGGGCCUUGUGAUUACAUUUUGACAGUUCUUUUUAAUUUACUGUUAUUUUUAUUCUUAAAAUGAUCCUUGUGAUUUCUAGAGAAAUACAAGGCUGAAUGAUUUUUAUUUAAAAGACAGCAAUUACCUAAUGACAAAACAUCACUUGUAACUCUUGUUUUGCCUUCAGAGGGAUUUAGAUUUGUCACCAAGCAGUCAAUUAAUGAAACAACCAUGCCUCCACACACCUUCAAACUCAAGUGUCAGUCCUAGACUACUCAAAUGGCAAGCCAAGAUUCUCAUGCAACUUAACAAGAGAAAGAACAAACCCAGAGAGAUUGAAUUCCACACAGAAGGCAUGAAUCCUUCUGAAGAGCUCCACUUUUCUUAAUCAACACCAUGAUCACCUUCCUUGUUUCAAGCAAGAAAGCAAUCCUUACUUUCCAACCACCACUUCCUCUCCUCUCCAGUCUCCACCAUUCCCCGCCAAAACUCCCAACUGAAACAAUCUCUCCUCCGUUUCAACCACUGCGCUCUAUUUAUAGCUUCACACCUCUCCACCCAAAGCUCCAAGCUUUCUCCCAGCGGCCAUGGCGGACUCCUCCUCCAUAGACAAAGGAGGCGCCUUUCCUCACGUUCUACGUAUUUACUUCAUCCCCUUCCCCUCCCCGGGCCACAUCAUCCCCAUGGUUGACAUCGCCAAGCUCUUCGCCGAGCGCGGCGCCGACGCCGUCGUCGUCCUUACCCCCCUCAAUGCCGCCCGCUUCGGCGGUACCGUCGCUCGCGCCGCCGCCGCCGGCCACCGCAUCUGCCUUCACGUCCUCGCAUUCCCAUCCGCCGCCGGCCUCCCCGACGGCUGCGAGAGCACCGACGCCCUCCCCUCCCGCUCCGUCUCCGGCCUCUUCGCCCGCGCCCUCGACCUCCUCCAAGACCCCUUCCAACGCCUCGUCCGCGACUGCCGCCCGGACGCCGUUGUCUCCGACGUCUUCCUCCCCUGGACCGCCACCGCCGCGGCGGAGCUCGGCAUCCCCCGGUACGCGUUCACCGGGACCGGCUGCUUCGCUCUCUCGGUGGAGCGGAGCCUCCACGUGAACCGGCCCCAGGACCGGGCUUCCUCCAACUCCGAUCCGUUCCUCGUUCCUGGUCUCCCAGACCGGCUUUAUCUGACCCGGUCCAGGCUGGCCGAGGCGACCCUCCCCGAUUCGACGGCCCAGGAGUUCCUGGAUCGGGCCCGGAAGGCGGAUCGGAGCACCGCCGGGUGGGUGGUGAACACCUUCCCGGAGCUCGAGCCAGGGUAUUUGGAGCACUACGAGAGGGAGACGGGGAAGCGUGUCUUCGCCGUAGGCCCCGUUUCUCUAUGCAACCGGGCGGCGGCGGACGCGGCAGAGCGGGGGCGGGGGGCGGCGGCGGCGGUGGAGGCGGCACGGAUCUUGACGUGGCUGGAUUCGAAGCCAGCCGGAUCGGUGAUCUACGUGUGCUUCGGAAGCUUGUGCCGGUUCCCGGUGGCCCAGAUGAAGGAGAUCGGGAUGGGGCUGGAGGAGUCCAGAGUUCCGUUCCUGUGGGCGAUCGGAGGGGCGGCGCCGACGAUGGAGGAGGCGGCGGAGCUGGACAAGUGGGUGGAGGGGAUGGAGGGGAGGGUGGGGGAGAGGGGGAUGAUAGUGAGGGGGUGGGCGGCGCAGGUGGUGGCGUUGGGGCACGCGGCGGUGGGGGGGUUCAUGACGCACUGCGGGUGGGGGGCGGCGGUGGAAGCGGCAGCGGCAGGUGUGCCAGCGCUGACGUGGCCGCUGUUCGCGGAGCAGUUCUACAACGAGGCGUUGGUGGUGGGAGUGGUGGGGACGGGGGCGGCGGUUGGGGCAGCGGAGGGAUUUGUGUGGGGGGAGGAGGAGAAAGCCGGGGUGGUGGUCGGAAAAGCGCGGAUCGCCACGAGGGUGGCGUGGCUGAUGGGAGGCGCUGCCAGCGGCGGAAGCAGCCGGGAGCAGGCGGAGGGAAUCCGGCGGCGGGCGAGGGAGAUAGGGGACAAGGCACGGCGCGCGGUGGCGGCAGGCGGGUCAUCGUACCUCGCCGUCGGGCACAUGAUGGAAGAUAUUCGGCGGUGGAACCGCCAGAGCGCAGCGGCUGGGAGCCACGACCGAGAUCGUGGGGAUUAGUUACGGAGGGAUUCCGGUGAUAUCGAAUUUGCGGAAAUCUUUUCCAGCAGCCCGGCGGCUGAACUUGACUAAGUUGAACAUUCUUGGUAAAACUUCAUUAAAGGUGGUUAAAAUAAAAUA